AUGGCACCUAAGCUGAGCACUCUUUUCACCUCGCUGCUGGUGUUGGCAGCACCGCUUGCCCAAGCAGUUGCCAUCACCAAGCCUUCGUCUACCGCGGCGGACCAGUUCAUGGGUGUACCAAUCGCCAACAAGGACGCCACGGAUAUUGUUCCCAACGCCUACAUUGUGGUCUACAACAAGACCUUCACUGACGAUGAAGUCAACGCCCAUCAACUGAAGAUCACCCACCUGGUCAAGAAGCGCAACCUGGGCAAGCGUGGCCUUCAGGGAAAGCUUCUGUCCACCAGCGUCAAGACGUUUGCCAUGUCGGGAUGGCGAGCUCUGGCUAUGGAGGGUGACGAUCUCAUGAUGAUGGACAUCAACUCGGCAAACGAGGUUGCAUACAUUGAGGCCGAUGCCUACGUCAAGGCCUCUGCUCUCCAGUCCCAGACCAACGCUCCUUCUGGUUUGGUGCGCUUGUCACACGCGCAGACCUCUGGUAACGCAACGUCAGCUGGCUACAUUUUCGAUGAUACUGCCGGCACGGGUAUCACCGCCUACGUCGUCGACACUGGUGUCCUGACUACUCACGAGGAGUUCCAGGGACGCGCCACUAUGGGAUUCAACUCUGUGAACAACGUUGAUACCGACGAGAACGGCCACGGCUCUCACGUUUCUGGAACCAUUGCCGGUGCCACCUUCGGAGUCGCCAAGAAAGCCAACAUCAUCGGAGUCAAGGUUCUCGAUGCCGAUGGUGGUGGCACCAACUCCGGCGUCAUUGACGGCCUCAACUUUGUCGCCUCCGACGCCAAGGCAAAGGGCCUGAGUGGCAAGGCUGUCAUGAACAUGUCCCUGGGUGGUUCUAAGUCUGCUGCCGUCAACGCUGCCGUCGAGGCCAUUGCCGCUGCUGGUGUCGUCCCCGUCGUCGCUGCCGGAAACGAGAACCAGAACGCUGCCAACGUCAGCCCUGCCUCGUCCCCGAACGCCAUCACCGUCGGUGCCAUCGACCAGACCAACGACCGCAAGGCCAGCUUCAGCAACUUUGGCGCCGUUGUCGACAUCUUCGGCCCCGGUGUCAACGUCCAGAGUGUUGGCAUCACCAGCGACUCGGCCACCGACACCCUGUCCGGUACCUCCAUGGCCUCGCCUCACAUCGCCGGCCUGGCCGCCUACCUCAUGUCUCUGGAGAGCCUGACUGAUGUCACCGCUGUCUCGGACCGCAUCAAGGAGCUCGCCGGUGCUACGGGCGCCAGCGUUGCCCGCAACACCCGGGGCACCACCAACCUCAUUGCCAACAACGGCAACUUGUAA